ACAUUCGCAUUUUCGAACCCCUCGUCUCUGGCAUCACGCACGCAUUGCGGCUGCGCGUCAUAACCUGAGCCGCGUCUAGAAAGCGGUCUCGACGUCUCUACACCCAAGACAGCAUGUCGUCAUCUUCGCAGGUCACCGAGUCGUGGAUCGCGUCCUUUUGCGGUCUUUUGGGCCACGAAUACUUCGCUGAGGUGUCGGAAGACUUCAUCGAAGAUGAUUUCAACCUGACGGGCCUGCAAUCGCAGGUACCCAUGUACAAGGAAGCUUUGGAGAUGAUACUCGACGUGGAGCCCGAGGACGACGAGGACGACGAGGAGGAAGAGGAGGAGGAAGAGGAGGAAGAUGAGAUACUGGGCGACGAGAGGGCACCGGGCUACCGAAGGGCAGGCGACCGCAGACAUCUCCGCAUAGCAUCCGACCUCAGCGUGAUAGAGAGCUCUGCUGAACUCCUCUACGGACUCAUACAUCAACGCUACAUCACCUCUAGACCAGGUAUACAGCAGAUGGCUGAAAAGUACGAGCUUCAGCAUUUUGGCACCUGCCCGCGCGUGAACUGCAACUCCUGCAAAGUUCUCCCCGUUGGCCUCAACGAUAGCCCUGGCCACGAGACCGUCAAGCUGUUCUGCCCUUCCUGUCUAGACGUAUAUACCCCGCCUAACUCGCGCUUCCAAACCGUCGACGGUGCUUUCUUCGGCACAACCUUUCCUUCGCUCUUCUUCAUGACCUUUACGGACCUCGACAUCGGUGGUGGGCUGCGCAACAACACGUCAAACACUAUCGAUGCACUACAGCAAUUACAAUCGCAAAGCGCAGACGGCAAGUCGCGGAAUACUACACCCUCAAAUGUCACUUCCAUAAACGGCGUCGCACCGCACAACCUUGCGCCUGGUCUCGGCACAGGCAGCAUCUACGAACCACGCAUCUACGGCUUCCGAGUCAGCGAGCGCGCACGAUCAGGACCUCGGAUGAAGUGGUUACGGAUGCGGCCCACGGACGUUACUGAGCUUGACGAGACGAGAAGAUAUUGGGAAGAACAUGAUGAGGAUGCAGACCGGCCAGACGACGACGACCUCAACAUGGUCGAUGUAGCGGAAGGCGGAAAGGGUGCGCCAGUGGACCGAAGAAAGAAAGCUAUCCGGGCACGCAGACGGCCGACGAACGGAUCCAACGCUGGUGGAGGCAGCCCAAUGGACACCAACGGUGUUGGAGCAGCUGCGGGCUAGAGGUCUCCACAAACACCUGAGAAUGUCGAUCCCGAUGCUACCGAAUAUGGGACAGAUUUAUCAACCAGCCAAAUAGCACUGUACCUGAAAGGCAGGGCGAAAAAGGCGCAACGCCAAAGGGAGGCCAUGUUCGAAUGAGUUGGCUUAGUCAAGGACAUUCUUGUCACUUUUCUUUCUUCACACCGUCACACUUUCACACAAGGGAGCGGAGCAUAGUGAGUUGGGACUAUUAGGUCGAGAUUUUUUUUUUUACUUAUUGUUCAAAGAAAGACGUAUAAGAGGUGGAAAGUCUUAGCUGAUUCUUGAUGGAGUUUCCUCCGAGCAUGACUCAAUGAGAAUCCAAGAAUUUUACCUGUUCGUUUCUACUUUCAAAGCCAUGGCGUUUGGAGUAUCGCAUUGACG